CGGCGACGCGCUUCCGGCCCCGCGCGCGUCACGUGGCGGAAGCGGCGGGGCGCCUAAGAUGGCGGCGGCGUGAGUUGCAUGUUGUGGGGCCGCCGCGUCCGCUGGGAGGAUCCGCCCGGGCCGCCCCGCCGCCAUGGCGGUGACCAUCACCCUCAAGACGCUGCAGCAGCAGACCUUCAAGAUCCGCAUGGAGCCCGACGAGACGGUGCGGGUGCUGAAGGAGAAGAUCGAGGCGGAGAAGGGCAGCGACGCCUUCCCCGUGGCCGGCCAGAAGCUCAUCUACGCCGGCAAGAUCCUGAGCGACGACGUGCCCAUCCGCGACUACCGCAUCGACGAGAAGAACUUCGUCGUCGUCAUGGUGACCAAGGCCAAGUCGGCGCUGGGCCCCGCCGCCGCUGCCCCCCCCGAGGCCCCGGAGCCCGCCCCGGCCCCCGGGCCCCCCCCGGCCGCCGCUGACGCCGCCCCCCCGCUGCCGCCGCCGCCCGCCGCCCCCAGCGAGGAGCAGCCGCCCCAGGACCCCCCCCCCGUCGCCCCCGCCGAGCCGGCAGCCGGCUCUGUUCCCCCCCCAGGUAGCGCGGGGCGCUCGGCCGACGCCGCCUCCACCCUCGUGACGGGCUCGGAGUACGAGACGAUGCUGACGGAGAUCAUGUCGAUGGGCUACGAGCGGGAGCGGGUGGUGGCCGCCCUGCGCGCCAGCUACAACAACCCCCACCGCGCCGUCGAGUACCUGCUCACGGGCAUCCCCGGCAGCCCCGAGCCCGAGCGGGCGCCCGUGCAGGAGAGCCACCCCCCGGAGCAGCCGCCGCCCGAAGGGGAGAACCCGCUGGAGUUCCUGCGGGAGCAGCCGCAGUUCCAGAACAUGCGGCAGGUGAUCCAGCAGAACCCGGCGCUGCUGCCCGCCCUGCUGCAGCAGCUGGGCCAGGAGAACCCCCAGCUGCUCCAGCAAAUCAGCCAGCACCAGGAGCAGUUCAUCCAGAUGCUGAACGAGCCGCUGGGCGAGCUGGGCGACCUCGAGGGCGAGAUGGGCGCCAUCGGCGACGAGUCGCCCCAGAUGAACUACAUCCAGGUGACGCCUCAGGAAAAAGAAGCCAUAGAAAGGUUGAAGGCGCUGGGCUUCCCCGAGAGCCUGGUCAUCCAGGCCUACUUCGCCUGCGAGAAGAACGAGAACCUGGCGGCCAACUUCCUCCUGAGCCAGAACUUCGACGACGACUGAGGGGGGCCGCGGCGGGCGCCCCCCCCUCCCCGCCGGGGCCCCCCCCACGCCCGGGAGCCCCCCCGGGGCCGCCCCGACCUCCCGCACCCACGCGGGGAAGGGGGAGGAUGUGGGCCCCCCCGGGGCUCCCCCAUGGCGCCGCUGCCCCUUUAAGGGAGCCCCGGGGUGGGGGAGCCUCGUUGGGCCCCGGCCCUGCCACGCCCCGAGGGAGUGGUGCUGAUUGGCUGCCCCCGCCCCAGCGCCCGCCCUCUCUUAAGGGGGCAGCGUGCUCUUGGGAAAAGCGCUGCUUCUGCCCCCCCCCCACCCCCAAAAUCCCCCCCGCCCCCCCCCCCGUUUCACCCCACGGGAAAUGCGAGCCGCUGCCUGGGGGGGGGAGGGGGGGCUGCGGGGGGGGCUCCACCGCUGUGUAAAAAACAUAACAAAAUCUAGGAGGGAAAAGAUUAAAAAGCAGAAUUUUAAACCUG